AUGAAGCAAUCAGUUGUUGUUGCCGCUUUGGCCAACAUAGCUUCUGUCUUCGGAAGCUCGCUAUUUCCUACAGAGUUCAAUUCGACUUGCAAAUGCAAACCAUUCACGAUCGAUCUUACAUGGGGUUCAGUGGAUGCCUCGAACCUCCUGCCACGAAGUGCCAUAUUGACCAAUGGCUCUAUGCCAGGCCCUGCCCUCAAACUUAGAGUCGGCGACUGUGUUGAUUUCACUGUCAACAACAAUAUGGGCUUCGACACUGGUGUUCACUUCCAUGGCAUCAGACAAUUGGAGACUCCUUGGAAUGAUGGAACUCCAGGUUUGACACAAUAUGCUAUCCGUAGCGGAUCAAGCUAUACUUAUACGUGGUACGCUGAUGAGCCUGGUUCCUACUUCUAUCACUCUCACUACAAGAGUCAGAUGAUGGAUGGUCUUUACGGUGCCAUCAUCAUCGCUCCUAGCGAAGAUAACACGACACCGUUUUCGCAGAUCAGUUCUUCUGCGACCGAUCUUGCAGCCAUCGAAAAAGCUACUGCCAAUAUCGAAACAAUCUUCACAUCUGACUGGAACCAGUAUACGUCCGCCGAAUUCUUUUCCAUCGAAUCCGCAGCAAACAUUGAUUGGGCUUGUGCAGACUCUGUCAUUCUGAACGGUAAAGGUUCAGUCUACUGCCUAUCCGCUGCUGAUCUUGCUGCAAAUGCACGAGUUCAAGUUCCCUUCAUCCUCGGAAACAGCUCUCUCACGGCCAAGGGCUGCAUUCCACCAUCAAAUCCGUUAAUCCAGGGUGCCUUCAAUAGAGACUUGUCGCAGCUUCCUGCUCCUGCAUACGAUCAGUGUACACCCUACUCUGGCAACACUUACACUUACCAGGUUGAUCCCGCAGAUGGUUGGGCGGCUAUGUCGUUCAUCUCACCCUCAGCCUAUGCAAUAUUUGUUGCUACUAUCGACAAUCACAAGAUGUAUGUGUAUGAACGUAACGGCCAAUAUAUGACUCCCCAAACCGUUGACCAGGUUGAGAUCUCUCCCGGUGAUCGUGUCUCCUUCCUGGUGAAGCUUGACCAGACUCCUGGUGAUUAUACUAUCCGCAUCGCCAACUCCGGUAUCAAUCAGGUCAUCUCUGGAUUCGGUAGAUUGAGCUACAAAGGUAGCGCUGGCACGCUCGGCGUGGCCAUCAUGAACAUUGGUGGCGUCUCACCUCCGAAUUCCACUGUCACCCUCCUCGAUGUUGCCAGCGCGGCACCGAUAAGUGCUCCAGCUGUCGCUAGUACUGCAGACAAGACCUUUGUCCUGAAUCUCAUGAAAAACCCAACCGCGGGUGAAUCCUGGGCUUGGACUCUCGAUGGGAGCAAAUCGUAUCAGCAAGGCAAUGACGAUCAAACUCCGUUCCUAUACUCGGAUCCCAACACAAUUCCAGCCGAUGAUCUCGUUCUCAGAACUAAUUAUAAUGACUGGGUUGAUCUCAUUGUGACAAUUGCUGGACCACUUGCGCAGCCACAUCCUAUCCACAAGCAUGGUAACAAGUUCUAUGUCAUUGGUUCAGGUACUGGCAAUUUCAAUUACACAUCGGUUGCUCAGGCACAAGCUGCUGGUAUUGCGUUCAACCUUGCCAAUCCACCGUAUGUGGAUGGUUACACCAGUACCCCUGCUCAAGGUACAGGUGCAUGGAUGGUAUUUCGUUACCAGGCUAACACUCCUGGUGCUUGGUUCAUGCACUGCCAUAUUCAAACGCACUUCACCGGGGGCAUGGCUGUUGCGAUCCUCGACGCUGUUGACAAAUGGCCUAUAGUCCCCGCUACUGCUGGCAAGAUCUGCUCUGCUAGUCAACAUGCUAAUAAUACUAGCGAACGUGGCAACGGUACCAUAAGCGAUGGAAAAGGCGGCAACAACACUAUUGGUGCUGGACAAGGUGGAAAUGGUACUUUUGGCGGUGGUUCAGAAAAUGGUUUCAACAGAACAAUUACCAGCAUGACUACGACUACAAGCGCGACCACAUCCAUCGUCUCAUCAACUAGUGGUGGAACAAGCACAAGCGGGUCAAUUAGCAGUAAUGCUACCAGCAUCACCUCUGGAACCCCCACUUCUACUUCAAGCUCAAGCAGCACUACCACAAGCAGUAAGUCGACCAGCAGUACUAUGGUCACUCAGUCUAGCACCACAAAUGUCAGCGAAACUUCUGCUGGUACUUCUGCUAGCCUUGGCUCGAGCACUACGACCACCAGUGACGGCUUCAGCAGUACUGCCACAGGAAUCGGUUCAAGUCGUACAGCCUCUAGCGAAAGCUCUAUUUUAGUCUCAACUACAACAAGCAAAGAAUUCAAUUCUAGCCCAACAGGUACAGCUGGUGGCCUAGGGCAGUGGGGCGAUUGGACGGCUACACCAUCAAAUGGUAAGGCCAGUGCAACGCCCUACAAGGGUUCUGCUACCGCAAAGCCGCAAGUCACCGAUACAACCUAUGGUAGUUCCGCCUGGGCUGCAUGGUCUUCAAUCUCAGCGGCUGCUGCAUCCGUAACCAAGAAGGACGGUGCCGCCCAUACUGUUCUUGCUGGCUCGGGCAAGGAUGGUUGCGAUCGUGGUAAAAUUGGCGGCUGGGGCUCUGACUUUGGUUCCUCCAAAUCUGGCUCGUCUAGCCCAUACCCAUCUAGCGGCAGUGACUCUAGCUCUGGAUACGCCGCAGGCGCAGACUCUUCCUUUUCGAGGAAAGGGCCGUAUGCUAGCACUCUCUCAUUCUCGACAAGCUCGAUGGUCUCGACUACUCUGUCUACUGUGACCAGUAGUUGGGGUACUGGAACUCCUAGCACAAUAAGCCCCAGCUCGGGAAAACCUACAGACAAUGCCUCUGGUUCAUGGACAGCAUGGACCGAUGUCUCGUCCAGUUCGACGGUCACAUCCAACGUACCACUCGAUGCUACAUCUCACGCACCGUCUGCGUCGUGGUCAGUUUGGCCUGCAGGCUCUUCUGCCUCCCUCAGUCAGCCAGUGGAUGCCCGUUCGUCUGCUUCGGCCUCAUCAUGGUCCACCUGGACUGAUAGCGCCCCUGUCUCAGCUUCUGCGACCACUUCAGUCAGUACAUCAGCUGCAUCGUCAAGCUGGGCAGCAUGGGAUUCCAGCGCAGUCGCCGCACCAGCGGCUGCCACGGGUAUUGCCAGUUACAACAGUACUGGAAGCAAUGGCAUCGCUACGUACUAUGGUGCUGCCUCUUCCAUCAAGGCUGGCGGUACCAUCGUUGUCAGUGUUUGUGCAGGUAUUUUGUCGUUCUUAAUGUGA